CUCCUUUUCAAAGCUUGUUUCUCUUUUCAUUCAUUUCUUGCUUCUUCCUGAAUGACGUUUCUCUCGCUGCAAGUGAGGGAGGUGAUGAGAGAAAAAGUAAUAUUUACCUAAUUGUAUCUAUCUAUCUACACAUAAAAAGAGAGAUAGAGUGUAAGUGCUAAAGAAUUAGUCAGCUUAACUAUUAAUUCGAAGGAAUGGCAGAAGUUAAAACUGCAAAUGAUUCAUCGGAUAAAACAUUUGAUUGUCUUAACGCGAAAUCGUCCAAGAAGACAUCAAAAGAUGAGUUGGCACCCGGCUUUACUAUACCUACAGAACAGAUAGCAGGAGUACCAGAUUUUGGGUGGAGAGUUCCUCUUAGCUACAGCUGUCAGAUGAAAUGUAAGGCCUUCUUUACUCCCCGUCUAAAACAAAUACCUAGUUACCUCGGAUUAGGAGUCCGAUAUUGUAAACUAUGGAUGAGAAAACACAAGGAAGGGAAGAGACCAUUCAUAGAUCACAUGAAUGCUCUCGCUUACCAGCCAAUAUACGGUGCCCCUAUUGGAGGCAUUGGUUGUGGUACUAUAGGUCGUGGCUACCAAGGCGAGUUCUGUCGAUUCCAGCUUAUCCCAGGAUGUUAUGACCAUACGACAGUAUUAGCUGAUCAAUUUAUUGUCUGCAUUCGAAAGAGAAACAAGACUGUCUACCAAGAGGUUCUGUCAGUGAAGAAACCAGAUAAUAAAUGUUUGAAUUGCUGGAAAUGGAACCUAGAUCCAGAUCAUGCGAUAUAUCAUGCCCUUUAUCCUCACUCUUGGACAAUAUAUGAUAUUCCAGAGCACAAUGUCCGACUGACAUGCCGCCAAGUUUCACCAAUCUUCCCCCAUGAAUAUCAGGAUACCAGCCUUCCCUGUGCAGUGUUUGUGUGGACAGCUGAGAAUCUCGGGGAGGAAGAUCUGGAAGUUAGCAUUAUGUUUACCUUCAAAAAUGGUCGUGGUGUCAAAGAAGACAAAGCAGGUGGCUGCUGGAAUGAGUAUUUCCAUGUAUCCAAUGAUUCUCCGUCUGAACCAGUGUCUGGAGUACAGAUUCACCAAUCUUUUCGAGAUAUGCCAUGUGUCUAUGGAAUAGCUGUCAAACACAAGCCUGACCUCUCAGUCAGUCACUGUGUGUAUUUUGAUCCCUGUGGUCCUGGGGAAGACAUUUGGCAAGAUCUUUAUGAAGAUGGCUCCCUCACCAAAAGUGAAGCUGACCUUGAAAGUAAAAGUGAACCAACAAAGAAAAACAGUGAAUGUGCAGUAGGUGUAUGUUGCAAAUGUGCAGUUGCAUCUGGUGGCCCUUCUAAGCAAAUGGAAUUCUCCCUCAGUUGGGACAUGCCAAAUAUUCAUUUCAAAUCAAAAGGACAGAAUUAUCGAAGACGUUACACACGCUGGUUUGGCCACACAGCUCAAGCGGCACCUCAACUCUGUAGUUAUGCCUUGAAUAACUACAAAACCUGGGAACAGAAGAUUGAAGCUUGGCAGAACACUGUCUUACAGAACAACGAUCUUCCUGCUUGGUACAAGUCAGCUUUAUUUAAUGAAUUGUAUUAUGUGAGUGAUGGUGGCACUGUGUGGUUGGAUCCUGUUCCAAACUCUGAUCUCUCUUCUGAAACCAAAGAAGAAAUACCUGCUGUGAUACAAGAAUUUGGCAAGUUUGCUUAUCUUGAAGGUCAUGAAUAUCGGAUGUACAAUACUUAUGAUGUUCAUUUUUAUGCUUCAUUUGCUCUGCUGACCUUGUGGCCCAAACUACAGUUGUGUCUUCAAUAUGAUUUUGCGAAAGCUAUCGAUCAAGAAGACCCUACUAUAGUUGAAUAUCUGAUGUGUGGCACCAAAGGACCAAAUAAAUCACCAAAAUCUAUUCCCCAUGAUUUAGGAGAUCCAGAAGAUGAACCUUGGGUCCGAGUGAAUACCUACAACCUGCACCCAACGCAUGACUGGAAAGAUCUCAACCUGAAGUUUAUCCUACAGGUGUUUAGAGAUUAUUAUGCCCUGAAAGAUUUACAGUAUUUGAAGGACAUGUACCCAAAAGUAAAGAAUAUCAUGACAGAAGCUCAAAAAUGGGAUAAAGAUGGUGAUGGUCUGAUUGAAAAUGGAGGUUUUGCUGAUCAAACUUUUGAUGCCUGGACUGCAACUGGUGCCAGUGCUUACUGUGGAGGAAUUUGGUUGGCUGCUCUGCGUCUCACUGUAGAAAUGGCUAAAAUUCUUGAAGACAGAGACACUGAAAUAAAGUUCACUGAGAUCUUGCACGAAGGAAAAGAAUCAUUUGACAAAAAACUAUGGAAUGGUUUAUACUAUAACUACGAUUGCAGUGAUAAACCCUACCAUGACAGUAUCAUGGCAGCUCAACUUAUUGGUCAAUGGUUCAUCAGAGCUUCAGGUAUUCAGGAUGACUUAGUAUUUCCAUCACAAAAGGUCAGAAGUGUGUUGAAUGUGAUUUAUGAACAUAAUGUAAUGAAAUUGAAUAAUGGUAACUGUGGUGCCAUCAAUGGUGGUAGACUGGAUUGCAUGAAGGAUACAACUAAUUGCCAGGCUGAGGAAUUUUGGGUAGGAAUCAUCUACUCAUUGGCUGCUACUAUGAUACAAGAGGGAAUGAGCAAAGAAGGGUUCCAGACUGCAUGGGGAGCUUAUCAUAUGUGUUGGGAGGUCCUUGGACUGUCAUUCCAGACACCUGAAGCUUACACACUGGACAAUGUCUAUCGUUCUCUUGGCUACAUGCGACCAUUGGCUAUUUGGUCCAUUCAGUGGGCAUUGUCUAUUACUCAGUCCACAUCUCCAAUAUCAAAUCCUCUUUGAUCAGUGACCCACCUUUCUUUCUUAUUCAAACAUUGCUGAUCCUGAAAACGCCAGGACAGUCACUGUUAUAUUUAUUACAGUUCCCCAAUAAACUAAAUAUAUGUUA